CUGCUGGGACAAGCAACGAUGCGGCUGCGAGCCUCGCUCGUGCUGGGGGAGCUGCUGCUGCUGGGCUGCCCGCUAGUAUACAUCCACUGUGAAGAGGUGUUUGGCAUCUUGGGAGAAAAUUUUACUUUUCCAGUAAAAAUAGACAAAAAGCUAAUGGAAAUUACUUGGAAGAAAAAUAAAGAUAAAGUUGCUGAAUGGGAAGAACAAAGCCAAACAGUGUUUUUUAAUUCUCUCCGGAAUAGAGGAUCACUUAACAAUGAGACCGGCGGCUUGACCAUAUUUAAUUUAGAGAAGAAUGAUACUGCCUCAUAUGCGCUAGAGUAUUUAUCUUCUGAUGAAAGAACUUCUGUCUUAACCUUUAUACUUACUGUGUUAGAUCCCCCUUCUGAACCUACAAUAAUUUGCAACAUCAGUGGUGAUGACCUUAUAUUAAAAUGUGCAGCAGAUUUCAAGAAACCUCUGAAAUAUAGUUGGAAGUUCAGUAGCAUAACAGAGUAUAAGCAGCACCAAGAUGUUGUCACCCUUAAAAGUAACGUUGAUGCUUCAGAGAAAACGACAUGUUUCAUUAAAAUCUCUCAAACAGAAAAGAACUCCGAAUUUUCUUUGAAUGAAUGCUUUCCAGGGGACAGAUAUUACAAAAGGAGGAGAGCUGGUCUUAUUGUGGCUUUUGUCUUGUUACUUGCAGUUGUGAUAAUACCACUAUUGUACAAAAAAGUUAGACGUCAAUCUAAAAUAGGACGACAUAAACACAGUCUUCAGAAGCAUAGUUCAGGAGAAGAGGAGCCAAUUGUAAACGUAGACAGCCAAGUACAGUCCAGCUCAGAUGUCCGUAGCGCGUGGGAGAGCGGCCCGAGUGCCACGCAGGCAGCCGAGCGUGGCGUGAAUGGGAGCGGUGCCUCCCAGAUUGCAGAAGACGACAGGGGGCAGCAUCUGGGCGGCUCUCCCAGCCGCAGUGAAGAAGAUGUCCGUAGCGCGUGGGAGAGCGGCCCGAGUGCCACGCAGGCAGCCGAGCGUGGCGUGAAUGGGAGCGGUGCCUCCCAGAUUGCAGAAGACGACAGGGGGCAGCAUCUGGGCGGCUCUCCCAGCCGCAGUGAAGAAGAUGUCCGUAGCGCGUGGGAGAGCGGCCCGAGUGCCACGCAGGCAGCCGAGCGUGGCGUGAAUGGGAGCGGUGCCUCCCAGAUUGCAGAAGACGACAGGGGGCAGCAUCUGGGCGGCUCUCCCAGCCGCAGUGAAGAAGAUCUUAAAUCAUAAACAGAUAAUUGCCUUGUGGACCAAAGAGCGUUUUGACCUGAUGGAAGAGAAGUGGUCGAAUUCAGUGGUGAAGGAGCUGCUAUCUUUUGUCCUGGAGGUUUUCCAUCAUCCGUAAAGAAGUGUUUUGAAGGCCAGUUGAGCUGCUUCCCGUGCCUGUUUUUCUUUUCUCAGAAUGGACAGCCUCCAUUUUUGGUGUAACUUCGUGAUGACAAACAGGCUGAAUCAUGGAAAAAACUCGUAUUGUUUUGUAUCAGUUUUUAACAAACAGUGCUCUACUAAUACAAAAUAAAAGAGCCAAGGCCACCUUUUUUUAUAACUGAUAUUUAUAAAUUAACAAAGUCAUAUCCAUACACAUGAUAAAUCUGAAACUAAUCAGCUUUCUAUGCAACUUCAGAUCAAUGCUUUUUACAGGAGAAGAAAGAUGGUUCAUUCUUCAGCAUUUCCAGACGGAUGGACGUUUGUAUGUACUAGUUUCAGUUCUCCAGCAGUAACUCAAUGCUUCAGACACAUAUUCUCCAAGAUGGCUAUCUCCUGGAGUCAGCAGAAGGCUGGCAAAUUGUGAUCUUCUAAUGAUGGUUGACUUUGUGAGAUAAAGCUACAGUUCAGGUUUUUUUUUGCAUUGGAACAAAAGCUGCUGCUGUUAGCAGCAUUUUGGGUUUUUUUUCCUUGAACUUUUUUUUGCACUCUUAUGUUUUUUGGUGGGAUUAUUUUUUAUAUCUUCACUUCUGUUUCACAUUAUUCUAAGAGAAUGUCAACCUACCCAUUUUAAAAGAAUAAUAAUAUGUUUUUAUAUUGCUUGCAACUCGAGAGAAAAGUUGAAAGCCGAGCUUGUGUAUAUUUAAGGCUCAGAAAGAAGCAAAGAGAAAAGAAUACUAUGUAUUAAUGUUUUCAGAACAUCAAGAUAUGGUGCAUGAUUUGUGACUUCUGCAUGGUGGUUGUUUCUGAAGCUGAAAACAAUUUCAGUUCACGUUGAAGUUGUAUUUGUAAAGAAUCAUGAACCUUUAUCAGAGAUCAGGAACUCCCCCUUUUUCUUCACUACUGGACUGAGAAUUGCUUGCAAGGCAGGAAUCAAAUCCUGCUCUGUGUAGUAGUGAGGAAUGUCCACACUCUUAGUACAAAGUAAUUGUUCAGGGAUUCAAUCUGUAAAUGGCUAGGAGUGGAAAGGGAUUUUAGAAUGGUGCUAAGUUCUGCUAUGCUACCUUGUCUGUUGGAAAUCUUCAAGUGAAUUAUUAGUCAAUUAGUCAGUUAUUCAAAUCUCUUAGCCAAUUCCGAUGCAGGUAAGGUCUGCUUUUAGUACCUAUGAUUAUAUUUAAGGAAUUGGUCCUGAAUGGCUUGAUGUUAAGGCCUCAUAUUUAUGAAUAAGGCAGUGAGAAGACCAGAAGCGGAGAGGGAACCUGUAGCAGGUUUAGAAAUCAUAAGAAAAUUCAGGUUGGAAUGGACCUCAGGAGGUCAUGUAAUCCAAAUCCCUGUUCAAAGCAGGGUCAACACUGAAAUGAAAUCAGGUUAUUCAACUUUAUCUAGGCUUGAAAAGUUCCAAGGAUGCAGAUUGCACAGCUUCUCUGAGCAACCUAUUUCACUGCUUGUCCUCAUGUUGAAAAAGCUUUUCCUUAUAUUCUUAUAUGUGAAUGUCUCUUGUUUCAACUUUAGCCUGCUUUCUCUUGUCGUUACACCAUGCAUCACAGUGAAGAGCCUGGCUCCAUCAUCUUGAUGAUUGCCUCACAGGUACUGGAAGCUGCUGUUACAUCCUCCAAAGCCAUCUCUUCUCCAGGCUUGAACAAGCCCAGUGCCCUUAGCGUCAUCAGAGGGCAAAUGCUCCAGCACCUGACCAUCUUGGCAGCUCUCCUCUGAACUUGUGCCAGUUUAUGAAUUCCUUUCUUGUUGAAGGGACCCAAAACUGGAUGCAGUAUUCUAAAUAUGGUCCAACAAGUGCUGAGUAGAGGGGGAUAAUCACUUCCCUCAAUCUACUGGCUAAGCUCUUUUUAAUACAACCCAGGGUGCUAUUGGCCUUUGUUGCCAGGGCCCACUGCUGGUUCAUGUUCAGCUUGUUGCCUACCAAGACCUCCCAGACCUUUUCAGCAGUGCUGCCCCCAGCCUGUAUCAUUGCAAGAAGUUCCUCCUUCCCAUUUGUCCUUGAUGAAUUUUAACCAGACUAGGUCUCGCUGAAUGCCAGCCCUUUAGCUUACUGACUUAUUCCCCCCAAUUUGGUAAUAUCUGCAGACUUGACAAGAGUGUAUUCUCUUGUCUCCUCCAGGUCAUUGAUGCAGAUAUUAAACAGGACAGGACCCAGAAUAGACCCCUGUUGUACUCCACUUGUCUUCUCCAUCCAGGGAGAGCAUGACUCAUUAGCAACUACCAACUGACCCAAGUCAUCCAACAAGUUCUUUACCUACCUAUUUGUUCACCCAUCCAAACCAUAACAUCCUAACUUGGUUAAAAAAUAUUGUGGGAGACAGUGUCAAAGGCUUUGCCAAAGUCAAGCUAUAAGACAUCAUCUGCUCUCCUCUCAUCCAGAAAUCUAGUCAUUUCAUCAUCAUAGAAGGCAGUCAGGUUGAUUAGGCAUGAUUUAGCCUUGGUAAAUACAUGAUGACUGUUUCCAACCACCUUCUCCUUCAUAAGUCCAGAAAUACAGUGCACGAGAACUUACUCCAUGAUUUUCACAGGAAUCAAAGCAAGGUUGCAGAUUCCUGGGUUGACCUUCUGGCCUUUUUUUUUUUUUUUUUUUUUUUGAAGAUGAGUACAACAUUUCACUUUCUUCAUUUUGUCACGGACCUUUCCAAAUCUCCAUGACCUUUCAAAGAUGAUAGCACCUUUGCCAUGGUAUCAGCCAGGUCUCACAGUAUCCUUGGAUACGUCUGAUCAGGUCCCAUGAACUGGUAUGGAUCAAGUUUUCUCAAGUUAUCCCUAACAGCUAGUAGUCUUCCCUGAACCCUUUAAAUAAGCAGAGAAGCCUGUGAGACCUUUCAAAUAAAUACUGAGGCAAGGAAGGCAUUGAGUUAUUAAGCCUUUUAUCUGUUUUAUCUGUGUCUAUUAUCACUAAAUCACGUACCCCAUUCAGGAAAGGGUCUGUAUUUUCCUCCUUUGUUCUUUCACAGUUAAUGUAGCAGCAGAAACUGCUUUUGUUGCCCUUGUCCCAUGACAAUUUCAGCCUUUAUUGAGCCCUGGAUUUCCUGGCACCAUCUCUACCUGUGCAGGCAGUGUUUCUAAAUUCCUCCAUUAUAGCCUGUUCUUGCUUCCACCUCUGACAAAACUCCUUUUUACACCGGAGCUCUGUUGGGAGUUCCCUGCUUAGCCAAGCUGAUCUCCUGAUACGUCUGCUUGUUUUCCUGAGUAUUGGAUCGGUCUGUUCUCAUGCUUGGAGGACAUCAUCCUUAAAGGCAUGCCAGCUCUCUUGAGCAAGUUUGCCCUUCAGAGCUGCCUCCCAUGAGGUCCCAUCUACUAAUUUCCUGAAAUAAUUUUCAGUAAGCUGAAAUUUGCUUUCCUGAAAUGUAGGAUCUGUACUGCUUUACCUUUACCUUACACCCCUCACCUCACCAUCCUCUUGAACUCCACUAUUUCAUGAUCACCACUGCCAAUGCAUAUGUUCAUUACCACAACCUAACCAGUUCUUCCUUGAUAGUUAACAGCAGAUACCACUGUGCAUCAGCCCCUUCUUGGCCCACCUAGUAUCUAGAUGAAAAAGAUGUCCCUUAAGCCCUCCAGAAGUCAUUUUGUCUGCUUGCAUCCUGCCUCUUGCCUUCCUAGCAUGUCAGUGAAGUUAAAAUUCCCCCACUAAGUGCCAGGGUGUGAUGAUCCAGAGACUUCUCAUGUUGUUAAACGAGUCUUUAUCCACCUCCUUACCCUGAUCAGGUGGUCUGUAACACACUCCCACCACUGUGUUACCCUUACUGGCCUCUCUAAUCCUGAUCCAGAAGCUUUCAACCAAUCCGUCACCCGUUCCAUAGGAGAGCUCUAUACAGUCAAGCCACUCUUUUACAGAAGGGCCAGCCACUCUCCAUGUGUUCCUUGUCUGACUUUCCUGAAGAGCUUAUACCCAUCCAUCACAGCAUUGCAGUCAUUUGAGCUGCCUCAUCAUGUCUCAGUUAUUCCAAUAAUGUCAUAAUUCUGUGAGCCCAUGGAGAGCUGGAAUUUUUCCUACUUGCUUACUAGACUACAUGUAUUUCUUUACAUACACUUGCGAUGGGUCUUCUUUUGCCCUAUUUUAUCACACCUGAGUUCUCCUUUGUUCCUGUCAGCCUGCACCAUUUGCUUUGGACCCCUGACCUCUGUUACCUCACUUAAUUGGGCCGUAGAAUCAUAGAAUUGGUAAGGUUGGAAGAUCAUCUAGUCCAACCCGCAAACGAGUGGCCUGUAUGGGGACUGAACCCACAACCUUGGCAUUAUUAGCACCACGCUCUAACCAACUGAGCUAAACCUAACUAUCCCUAUGAUUUCCCUUUCCCAUCAUUCUUAUUUUAAGGCUUUUCCUACCAAGUUACUCAGUUUUUGACAAAGAUGUGACAUUAGAUAGCUCUGUAGGAUAUUUAAGCUGCUUCUGUGUGCUUUUUGUGGUAGUAAAACCCAACAAAUGCAUAACUAAGAUUAUGAGAAGGAUUGUAGGUAACUUAUGCCCAUGGCCUGUCCUGCUGCUCUCUGUAAAUAUUUGCUCAUAAUUUAUUAAAAGACUCUUGUAAAAAUGGAUAGACAUUGCAGUAUCUUUUUACAGUAUGCAGAUACAUACUCUUUUAAUUAAUCCUGAAGUUCAGUAACUGAUCAUUAAAACAAUGUGCCUUUAACCCUAAACCAUUUUUUGCAAGUCACAUAUAGCUUCUGCCCAAAGCAUUCUUCUCCAUUGCAGCUUCAGCAGGUUUAUCAGGAUCAUGUUGAGAAGUUCUGCUGCAUCCAUCUUGUGCAAUUUAAUACAAAACAGGAUGCAAAAGUCUUGCAUAGAGUAUGGUUUUGAAAAUUCAUUGACACCUGAGGAUAUCUACUUUCUUUCCAAAGCAAAACCCCAUAACCUUCAAAAAGAGUACACUGUAGUGGUUAAUUAGUUAUUAAAGAGAUGAAUUCAGCAUGAUUCAUGGAAUUUGAGGCUUCAGCAGAAGAAGAGAAACUCAUGUUAUGGUAGUCUGGCAUAAGACCAAGAACUAUAGCCUCUCCAGUACUUCACUGCCUUUUUUUCUCCCCACCCCUAACUUUGCACAGCUUCUGGUGUGCAUGUCAGUGGCUUCUACCAAGGCUGCAAAGUAUAGACUUGGCAAUUUUCAAAGCAAGACUAAAGCUUACAAGUUAUUUUUGUUUGCUUUUUAAAAUGGGUAGUUUUUUAAGAGGAAUGUGAAGCCAGACAUUUAGAAGAACAAGCUAGGCUGAUUUGCUGCCAGUUCUGGUGACAGUAUUUACAGUACUAUUCCCCAUGGCUAUCUCUUUGAAUAUCUCCUGCACAACAAUUAAGGAAAAAUAAACAUUCCUUCUGCAAAAAAAAAAUUGUGUCCAGUCUUACUUCUCAGUGAACACAAAAGAAGCAGCUUUCAGUAGCAAAGAGCAGAAGUUCACUUUAGAAGAAAACAGUUACUUCUCUGGUGUGUGACCUGAGUCCAGGAAAUACUGACUCUGUUCCAGGAAGUGUGCCUGCCCUCCAACACCCAAGAGUUCCAGCUGUUGCUAAGACCUGAGUACUACUACUAACAGAAACUGAUGUUGUGUAGGAGCUGCUGAUAAAUGCUUGCUAUAUUCAUAAUACACAUCCCAGUCGAUGC